AGCGCGGCGCUGGGAGGUGCGGGCGGCGGGCGCGUCAGAGAAAACAGGCUGGAGGUGUCGGGCUGUGGACUGUUACAGUGAAACAACCCAGAAAAGAGGGGACCAUGGUUCAGCAGAUGGAGAACGGCGAGACGGACAGCGGCGUGUCCCGGGAGGCCACCGACAGCGAGGAGAGCGAGUUCAUGGCUUGCAGUCCGGUGGCGCUGAACCCGGACUGGUGCAAGACGGCGACCGGCCACAUCAAGCGACCCAUGAACGCGUUCAUGGUGUGGUCCAAGAUCGAGCGCAGGAAGAUCAUGGAGCAGUCGCCCGACAUGCACAACGCGGAGAUUUCCAAGCGCCUGGGCAAGCGGUGGAAGAUGCUGAAGGACAGCGAGAAGAUCCCCUUCAUCCGGGAGGCGGAGAGGCUGCGGCUCAAACACAUGGCCGAUUACCCCGACUACAAGUACCGACCCAAGAAGAAGCCGAAGCUGGACGGUUCCGCCAAGUCGGCCGCGCAGUCGCCGGAGAAGGCGAGCGGCAAGGCGGCCAAGACCCCCGGCAAGAAAUCGUCGUGCCCCGCCAAGUUGAAGGGCGCCAACCCCAAGCCGGCGGCGGGUGGGAAAGCGGCGCACCACGAGUACGGCGACGAGGGUGUCCUGCAGAAGGUGAGCAAGACGCCCAAGGGCGAGCUGAGCGACGACGAAGACGAGGACGAGGACGAGUUCGCGGACGAUUUUCGCGUGCGGAUUAAGGAGGGCGACGCGGCGCCGGCGAGGCCGCUCUACAACGUGGCCAAAGUGCCGGCGAGUCCCACCCUGAGCUCGUCGGCCGAGUCCGAGGGCGCGAGCAUGUACGAGGAGGUGCGCGAGGCGCCCGCGAGCAGACUCUUCUACAACUUCAAGAACAUCACGAAGCAGGGCGCCACGUGCCCCGCGUCCGUCUCACCAGCAGCAGCAGCAGCAGCAGCAUCGUCCAGGUCCGGCUCCACCUCGUCCAGCUCGUCCAGCCCGUCCAGCGCGUCCAGCUCGUGCGGCUCGGCCGCCGAGGACCAGGACGACCUGCUCUUCGACUUCAGCGUGAACCUGGCGCCCAGCGGCGCUCCAGGAUCGGAGCUGGGCAACCCGAAUUCAGGGAACCUCUGCCUGUCCUUGGUGGAUAAGGACCUGGACUCGUUCAGCGAGGGUAGCCUCGGCUCACACUUCGAGUUCCCAGACUAUUGCACCCCAGAACUGAGCGAGAUGAUCGCAGGAGACUGGCUGGAGGCCAACUUCUCCGACCUGGUCUUCACUUACUAGUUGGAAAAAAAAAAAGGAGAGAAAAAAAAAGAAAAGAAAAGGUCCCAACUAAAUAACAGGGGAGGAAGAGAUUUUAAAUUAUAUGUCUUGUCCAAGUUGUUUCUGGCCCUGCCUCUUUUUGGGUCGUGGUGGGGAGGAGAUGUGAGGGUUGAGGAAUUAAAGAUGCUUAUGAAACUGGUACCAUACAGAGAAAAAAAAAAAAAAAAAAAAUCUGCAGACUUUUUUUUUGGCAGCAUGACAG